AUGGCUGAUACAAUAUUAAAAUUAAGUCGUAGUCUUCUUAAAAUCGAUACACAUAAAGAUUUUCUAUCCGAUCAAAUUCAUUAUCAAAUAACAUUUACAGUAUUAAUUAUCUCUGCAAUAGCAUCAACAAGUCUUCAAUUUUAUGCUGAUCCUAUACAUUGUGUUCAACCAGCUCAAUUUACUGAUGGUUAUACAUCAUUUGCACGAACAUUAUGUUGGUUAAAUAAUACAUAUUUUUAUCCUCAAACCUAUACACGUUUACCAAUGAAUAAACAUGAACGUUUACAACAUACAUUACAUUAUUAUCAAUGGUUACCAUUUAUUUAUAUAAUUCAAGCAUUUUUUUUUAUAGUACCACAUUUGUUAUGGAUAAGUUUUUAUAAACGAAAUGGUUUAAAUCCUGGUUUAAUCGUUGAACAAGGAAAUAAAUUUGAUGAUAAACCAGAAAUAAGUCGUCGAAUUGCAAAAGAAAUUGAACGAUAUUUAAUGUGUAGACAAUUAGCACAAUGUAAAAAAAAAUUAUUACUUCGAAAUGUUACUGAUGAUAAUCAUCAAACAACAUCUUCACCACUUCUUCUACCAAAUAUUUCAUUUCGUAUUCGAUAUCAUACAUAUUAUCUUGUUAUACUUUAUCUUCUAAUAAAAUUAAUUUAUAUUAUUAAUAUUAUUGUACAAGUUGUUCUAUUAGAUACAAUUUUAUCAACAGGAAAAUAUGGAUUUGUUCGAUUUGGUUUUGAUACAAUGAAAUAUUUAUUUCAUUCAUCAAUACGUGAACGUAUUACAGAAUUAUCAUAUCAACAUCAACAAUUAUUUCCAUUUGUUACACUAUGUGAUUUUCAUAUACGAGAAUUAGGUCAAGAUCAUUUUUAUACAAUUGAAUGUAUAUUAUUAAUAAAUAUAUUUUAUGAAAAAAUUUAUUUUGCUAUGUGGAUUUGGUUUGUUCUUCUAUUUUUAAUAUCAGUUAUAUCAUUGAUCUAUUCAUUUUAUAUUUAUGUACCAUUUUUUACUCGUUAUCGUUUUAUUAGUAAACUUAUUCAUUCUAUUCAAGCGAAAAAACAACAAACUUUAAGCCCACCUAUACCAAUUUCAUCAAAUGUAAUCACAACGACGACAACGACGACGGAAGCAAUUGAAAGAGAACAUGAAAUUGAUUUUUUUGAUGAUAAGAAACGACGAAAAGAGUUUAUUUUUUGGUUACAACGUGAUGGUGUAUUUCUUCUUCAUUUACUUAAUUCUCAUGCUGGUGAACCAUUAGUUAUAAAAUGUCUUGAAGAUUUAAUCGAUAUAUGGAUAAAUAAUUAUGAAGAAAAAUCUAAACUUGCUGAAAAAUUAUUAAAAAAUCGAUUUAAUUUCUCAAAAUAA